CUCAUGAACCCCGACCUUUUGCCGCAGGUCACGGAGGGAGCUUCGUAGCAGCCCAGUGCCGUAGCAUGCCGGCGAGCUGCAGCGCGUGGUGGGGCGCCUCUGAGACAGCGCGUCGCUCGGCGUCAGCCGUCUGCGUGGCAAGGCAGCAGAAGCAGCAACAGCAACCGCUGGAGCGUCGCCGUAGAAGGAGAAGAAGGAGGCGAGAUCGUCGUCGGAGGGGAAGCACGGAGCUCGACACCAGCGAUCGAUGAGCGCGGGGGGGGAUGGGGGCUCGGCACUGGGCCCCCCUGGGCUGCCGGGGGUCCAGCCGACUGCCGCGACCCCCUUCAACGCGACCCCCCCCGUCGUCGGCCAGCAGCAAUAUGGCGUCGGUGGCGAUGCACAGCUGGGUAACGCACAACCGCCUCCGCAGUCGCAGACAGGUGUGGGCCCCGGGGCCGCCACCGCCGCCGCCGCCGCCUCCAAGUCGGCCCCGAAGAGGCCCGCCAGACGGGGCGGCAAGCCGCCACCCGACAGGCCCACCAGGGCCCUCUUUUGCCUGCCUCUCAAGAAUCCUCUUAGAAAGAUGUGCAUCAGCGUCGUGGAGUGGAAACCUUUCGAAUGGCUUAUCCUUAUGACCAUAUUUGCGAACUGCGUCGCCCUGGCCGUCUACACGCCGUAUCCCUUUGGUGAUUCGAAUCAGACCAACCAAUACUUGGAGAAGAUAGAGUACGUUUUUCUUGUGAUUUUUACGGUGGAAUGCGUGAUGAAGAUCAUAGCUUACGGCUUCGUCGCCCAUCCGGGGGCUUAUCUCCGCAACGGCUGGAACCUGCUGGAUUUCACGAUAGUCGUUAUCGGUAUGGUGAGCACGGUGCUGACGAUACUCAUGAAGGAGGGCUUCGACGUCAAGGCCUUAAGGGCGUUUCGUGUUCUGCGUCCUCUCAGGCUGGUCUCCGGUGUUCCAAGUCUUCAGGUGGUCCUGAACUCUAUUUUGAGGGCGAUGAUACCGCUUUUGCACAUCGCUUUAUUAGUUCUCUUCGUCAUCAUCAUCUACGCCAUCAUCGGCCUCGAGCUGUUCUCCGGGAAGAUGCACAAAACUUGCAGGCACAACGUAACUGGCGAGAUAAUGGACAAUCCGGUACCUUGUGGCCCGGGAGGCUUCCAGUGCUCUCGGGUCGGGGCCGAGUACUACUGCAGCAAGCAGUUCUGGGAGGGUCCCAACUACGGCAUCACGAAUUUCGACAAUUUCGGACUGGCCAUGCUCACGGUCUUCCAAUGCGUCACCCUCGAGGGAUGGACGGACGUGCUUUAUAACAUCGAGGAUGCGAUGGGAAGCUCGUGGCAGUGGAUAUACUUCAUUUCGAUGGUCAUCCUCGGGGCUUUCUUCGUGAUGAAUCUAAUUCUCGGUGUGUUGUCUGGCGAAUUCUCCAAGGAGAGAGAGAAGGCGAAGGCGCGUGGCGACUUUCACAAACUCAGGGAGAAGCAGCAGAUCGAGGACGAUCUCAGGGGCUACCUCGACUGGAUAACGCAGGCGGAGGACAUCGAGCCGGAGGCUGACGAGCCGAAGAUGCAAGACGGAAAAUCCAAGCAACAGAACGAAAUGGAGAGCACGGAUCAAUUGGAGGGCGACGAGGAGGGUGUCCAACAGGAAUCCAUUUGGAAGAAGAAAAAGAGAGAUCUGGACAGAGUGAACAGGCGGAUGAGGCGAGCCUGCAGGAAGGCCGUGAAGUCCCAGGUCUUCUAUUGGCUCAUCAUAAUUCUGGUUUUCUUGAAUACCGGCGUCCUCGCCACGGAGCACUACAAUCAGCCGCGCUGGUUGGACGACUUUCAAGAGAUCACGAAUAUGUUUUUCAUCGUGCUGUUCUCCAUGGAGAUGAUGCUGAAGAUGUACAGUUUAGGCUUUCAGGGUUACUUCGUCUCGCUGUUCAAUCGCUUCGAUUGCUUCGUCGUGAUCGGCUCGAUCAGUGAGAUGAUCUUUACAAAUACACAUGUGAUGCCGCCUCUUGGCGUUUCCGUACUCCGUUGCGUCCGGCUGCUCAGGGUAUUCAAAGUAACAAAAUAUUGGAGAUCACUGUCGAAUCUGGUGGCCUCCUUACUCAACUCGAUACAGUCCAUCGCCUCCUUGUUGCUCCUGCUUUUCCUUUUCAUCGUCAUCUUCGCUCUUCUGGGCAUGCAGGUCUUCGGUGGAAAGUUCAGUUUCAGCGACAUGGAGGAGAAGACGCGUCACAACUUCGACAGCUUUUGGCAGAGCUUGCUCACCGUGUUUCAGAUACUGACCGGCGAGGACUGGAACGUCGUAAUGUACGUCGGAAUUCUGGCUUACGGCGGCGUCGCCAGCAUCGGUGUGCUCGCCUGCGUUUAUUUCAUCAUCCUCUUCAUAUGCGGCAACUAUAUCCUCUUGAACGUAUUCUUGGCUAUCGCCGUCGAUAAUCUCGCCGAUGCCGAGUCCCUAACUGCCAUCGAGAAGGAGGCCGAGGAGGAGGCGGAAAAAAAUAAAUCACGCAGCGGUUCACCGACGAGGGAUGAGGUCAGCGGUGAAGCUGGCGACGAUGGAGGCGAGGGGACCGGAGGAGAGGACGAAGGCGCCGGUACGGAUCUCGAACACGAUCCUAACGAGACAAUGGAGGACUACGAGGCCGCACUAGACACCGAAACAUCGGAAAAAAGCGAGGACAUGAAUACGCAUACGAAAGUGCGGCUCAACAUUGAGUCGGACGAGGAAGAAGUGGAGGAAGAGGAAGAGGAGGGAGUCGAACAGGAGGAGAUGCAAGAAGACGGACAGGAAGUGUCGGCUAGACCGCGAAGAAUGUCCGAAUACAACAUGGCGACUAAAAAGGAACCGAUACCGGCUGGCUCGGCGUUUUUCAUCUUUUCGAGCACUAAUAGGUUUCGCGUGUUCUGCCAUUGGUUCUGCAAUCACAGUUACUUCAGCAACGUGAUACUGAUCUGCAUUAUGAUCUCCUCCGCCAUGUUGGCCGCCGAAGAUCCAUUGAAAGCCUCGUCUUAUAGAAAUCAGAUACUCAACUACUUCGACUACUUCUUCACCACCGUCUUCACGAUCGAAAUCUGCCUCAAGAUGAUCUCAUACGGCUUCAUCAUCCACGACGGCGCGUUCUGCCGCUCGGCUUUCAAUCUGCUCGAUCUUCUUGUCGUUUGCGCCUCCCUCGUCUCCAUGACUUUCACUUCCGGCGCGUUCUCCGUGGUCAAAGUGCUCCGAGUGCUUCGCGUGCUGAGGCCGCUACGCGCGAUUAAUCGUGCCAAGGGACUGAAGCACGUAGUACAGUGCGUCAUCGUAGCGGUAAAGACUAUCGGAAACAUAGUCCUCGUCACCAGCCUCCUGCAGUUCGUGUUCGCCGUCAUUGGCGUACAGCUCUUCAAGGGCAAGUUUUUCUAUUGUACCGACGCAUCGAAAAUGACGAAGAACGACUGCCAGGGCACCUAUUUGGAAUUCGAAAACGGUAACAUCAAUAAGCCGAUCGUGAAGGAGCGAGCGUGGCUGCAGUAUCGUUUUCACUUCGAUGACGUUGCCAAGGCGAUGCUGACCCUCUUCACGGUCUCGACUUUCGAAGGUUGGCCAUCACUGUUAGAGUGGUCGAUCGACUCCAAUCAAGAGAAUCAUGGACCAAUUCAUAACUUUCGGCCGAUCGUGGCCGCCUACUACAUCAUCUACAUCAUCAUCAUCGCGUUCUUCAUGGUGAACAUCUUCGUCGGUUUCGUUAUUGUCACCUUCCAGAACGAGGGCGAGCAAGAGUACAAAAACUGCGAGCUCGAUAAGAAUCAGAGAAAUUGCAUCGAGUUCGCGCUGAAGGCUAAGCCAGUGCGGCGAUACAUACCGAAGCAUCGAAUACAGUACAAAGUCUGGUGGUUCGUCACCUCCCAACCCUUCGAGUACACGAUAUUCACAUUAAUCAUGAUCAACACCGUGACGCUCGCGAUGAAGUUUUAUCGGCAACCGCAAAUGUACACGGAGGCCCUGGACGUCCUCAAUAUGAUCUUCACCGCGGUAUUCGCCAUGGAGUUUGUGUUCAAGCUGGCAGCAUUUCGAUUUAAGAAUUACUUCGGCGAUGCGUGGAACGUCUUCGAUUUUAUUAUCGUGCUCGGCAGUUUCAUCGAUAUCGUUUAUUCGGAGCUCAACCCUGGGUCCUCCAUCAUUUCGAUCAACUUCUUCAGACUGUUUCGCGUGAUGCGACUGGUCAAGCUGCUGAGCAGAGGAGAGGGCAUUCGUACGCUCUUGUGGACGUUCAUUAAAUCCUUUCAGGCUCUGCCCUACGUCGCUCUACUUAUUAUAAUGCUCUUCUUUAUUUACGCUGUGAUAGGCAUGCAGGUCUUUGGGAAAAUCGCGAUCGACGACGAGACGUCGAUAAAUCGCAACAAUAAUUUCCAGUCCUUUCCACAAGCCGUGUUAGUUCUAUUUCGAUCGGCGACGGGCGAGUCGUGGCAAGAAAUCAUGAUGGAUUGCUCAGCGCAGCCGGGCAUAGUCAUGUGCGAUCAAAACAGCGACGAAUUCAACAACCCGGUCGGCUGCGGAUCGGACAUUGCAUUUCCCUACUUCAUAUCUUUCUACGUGCUCUGCUCAUUUCUCAUUAUUAAUCUCUUCGUCGCCGUUAUCAUGGACAACUUCGACUACUUGACGAGAGACUGGUCGAUCCUCGGGCCGCACCACUUGGACGAGUUUAUCCGCCUGUGGUCGGAAUACGAUCCUGACGCGAAAGGACGUAUCAAGCAUCUCGACGUGGUAACGUUGCUGAGGAAGAUAUCGCCGCCUCUAGGUUUUGGGAAGCUGUGUCCUCACAGGGUAGCCUGCAAGAGACUCGUCUCGAUGAACAUGCCGUUGAACAGCGACGGCACCGUCCUGUUCAACGCGACGUUGUUCGCUGUCGUGAGGACGUCGUUGAGGAUCAAGACAGAGGGUAACAUUGACGACGCGAAUGCCGAGCUCAGGGCGGUGAUCAAGAAGAUCUGGAAGAGGACCAGUCCGAAGCUCCUGGAUCAGGUCGUUCCACCGCCCGGAGUGGACGACGAGGUGACGGUAGGCAAGUUUUACGCGACCUUCCUCAUCCAGGACUACUUCCGGCGAUUCAAGAAACGCAAGGAACAGGAAAUGAAGGACGGCGACAAGGAUUGCCACAACACCGUGACUCUUCAGGCUGGGUUGAGGACGCUGCACGAGGCCGGCCCCGAGUUGAAACGCGCCAUUUCCGGCAACUUGGAAGAACUCCUCGACGACAAUCCGGAGCCUAUGCACAGGAGAAACCAUUCGCUCUUUGGCAGCGUGUGGUCCAGCAUGCGGAAAGGACACCACAGCUUCCACAGGGCGAGGUCGUUAAAGGUUAACUCUACCGCCGCAAAGGCUUCCCCGACCAAUUCCAUAGACUUCUUGCCGUAUUCCUCGUUGCAGAGGGCCGGCGGCCCGGAUGCCGCUAAUCAAAUCACUGCGAGGUCUCACCAAGUUGUGCCAAAUGUCGCGGGUGGUCUGAGCGAUGGCGCGAUGAAUCAAAUGGGGAUAGACCCACGACUGACGGGCAUGGAGGAGAACAUACCCCUGAGACCGCUCGCUGUCUUCGGCAACCCCGUGCAACAGACGCCUUAUCAGAGCACGUACAAGGUGGUCGAUCUUCAGGACGGAAUCGAGCGGCAGUUGACGCCACCCACGCCUCCGCCGCGACGGAAUCCACCCUCCUCGUCCACCGUCCCGAGCACCGGCACCGCUCACACUCCCGCCGCUGCGGCAGCGGCAGCGGCAGCGGCAGCAGCAGCAGCAGCAGCAGCAACAACAGCAACCGCAGCAGCAUCGGCAGCAGCAGCAGCAGCAGCAACGGCGGCGGCAACGGCAACGACGGGCGCGCCGGGCGUCGCGACGACGAUCGUCGCGUGCACCACGAGCACGAACACCUCGACCUCCGCGACGAGCCCGAGCCCCGCUUCCUCGUCCAACGGGACGAACUGUUACUAUACCUACGCGACGCGGGGCUGCUGCGCUGAUUGCGCAGUCUGGAGCAAUCACGCACAGCGAAGCUCACGCAGAGAUAGACUCCUAAGAAGCAGCUUUCUCUCACUGAUCAAACAACCCCGUGCCCGCUCGCACGCAGCCGUAGACGACUGUGACGACGAGGACACGACUACGGGGAGCGUGUCGAGCGACUCCGGCAGAUGGAAUCAUUCGGAGGGUGCCGUGGUGCGCGGCGCAGGAAGGCGCCACCUCACAAUGCUGAGCCGCUCGUCGAAGCGCCGGGGUCGUCGUCGCGACGCCGACGCCGCGACCGCCGGCGGCAAGUCGGCCCCGGCGAGCUUCCGGUCGCGCGACGUGGCCGACGCCGACGCCGACGCCGGUGCCGCCACGUCGGCUGAUCAGUCGGGCUCGGCGGCCCCGUCGAGCCCUGGCGCCCGCACCGUUGCCAACGGCCUGAAAAUGGCACAGUCUCAGGCGAUCGCCGUGGCCGGCUUCCUCGCCGACGUCGACUCGCGGCAAUGGCGCGUCUACGCUUCCUGCUUCUCGCACCGAGCGUCUUACCACGGCAGAGUUCCCUGGGCCGCAGAGAGUAACGGAAGCAUCGGCGCAGAGCGCCUGUCCCACAGCCUGCCCGGGAGUCCCGCGGACCGGAAGCCGAAUUUCGAGGUCAUCGGCAGCGCGGAGAGUCUCGUCGGUCGGGUGCUGGUGGAGCAAGGUCUCGGCAAGUACUGCGACCCGGACUUCGUGCGCUACACGUCGCGCGAGAUGCAGGAGGCGCUGGACAUGACGCGGGAGGAGAUGGACCGGGCGGCGCACCAGCUGCUGCUGCAGGAGCGACGCGGUCAGCCGUUGUCUUAUCAGCUGCAACAAGGUAUGGAGCAGCCGUGGGGCCAGCAAACGACCGGCAUCAGCUACCAGCCGUUGCAGGAACAGCCGUCGAUAGGCGGCGGCCAGCCCUCCGUCUACCCUCCGCAGGGUGGCUACCACCAGCUUCGCAGCAGCAGCAGCAGCAGCAACCGGCAGCAGCAACAGCAGCGGCAACAGCGACAGCCGCCGUCCUAGCAGGACGAGAAGUCGCAAGCGAUGCGAACAUCGUCCACGUAACCCGAGAACAUUUCUCCUCCUCCUCCUCCUCCUCCUCCGCCACCUCUACCACCUCCUCCUCUCCCGUCCCUGCAUCCGCAUUCGCGGAGUAGUCGCCGAAGAAUCGAAACCGUCGUCGCGGAGAUCGACGAGUCGCGAUGAGCGGUUGCGCGAAUCAACGCGAAGUCACCAGCGGGAUUCCGGCGGACCGGAACCGCGGACCGCGGAUUUCGACCGAUAUCGUUGUCGCGUUGGUGCUCGGACAGCUCGAGACGACGCUUCGGACCGUUCUCAGCCUGCGAGGAGGAAAUGCGGAAAUGCUUUAGCGACGGAAACGGUGACUCGUCGGUUCUCAGGAGGGCGGAGAAGCUCGCGGAAACGUCGCGACGACGAGUUUUUCUCUAGCCGUCGACCUCUCGUCCUCUGACACGAUCGCGUGCGUGUUCGGCCGCCGAUGUCGCUCGACGGGUGUUUUCUAGCUGAUUUCGUCUUGUACCGGGCGGAGUUCCGAAGUUCUGCUUGUUCCGGUGACACGAGGAUGUGCGCGAUUUGUAUUUUCACCGCGAUGAGAGAGAGAGGACCGUCGUCGUUGUCUUUCGACGUCGGACGAUCGCGAGAGCGAAAAAGAUAAGCGACGAAGCACCUCGGGAUCAUUCAGGCUCCCGAGACGGAAUUGAGUUUACUUCCUCAGAAAUCUCAGAAACAGUUUUUUAGAGAUCCCCGUUUAACGUCGAUCUCCGUUCUCGGUUCGGCUCGUCCCGACAGGAACCACACGACGGACGUCGUGCGUAUUCUCUGUACCGGAAACGAACGAAUCGAAAUGAGGCAGAGAGAAAGAGCGGCGAUUUGCUCUGCGAGCUCCGUGUUUUCUGUCUUGACAAUUGGCCCUCGCGUGCUCGAAAUCUGUCGCACGCUCACCUAUCUCUGUCCACGUCAAUUUUGAUAAAGAAAGAAGGCAACGAAGAAAAGAGAAGGAGAGAGACUCUUCUUCAGAAUUAAUAGUCGACCGCGUCGCUAAAUGACGCGAGUCAUUUGCUACGGGAUGACAUUGGAAAAAUUAAAGGGGAUCGGGGAAAAAAAAAUGAUGUGAAACAAAUCUUUCUCUCUUGAUCACUUCGAUCGGUCUGUUUCCCCAGCAGCGAUCCAGUACCCUCUUUUACGGGGCUCGUCGCCCGUUAAACCUUUAUGGCACAAUUUAUAUAGAAUACUUAUUAUUAUUCUCUAAGUAAACACCUUACACUUGCGACGCGAUAACUUCCUACCAAUUCACUAUAAUUAUCCAUUGGACGUUAGAAUCUCCUUUCUAAUAGGCGAGUCUCGCACGAGCGAGCUGUGCAUCCGCGAGGAUGCACAUGUGCUUAAAAAAAAAUAAUUCGGGCCACAAAGCGUUAAAGGAGGGUAAAAAGUACGAACGAUGCUGCGUGCACGCACGCACGCACGCACGCACGCACGCACGCACACAUGCGCACACACACACAUGCACACAUACACAACGCCCGCGCGUGCAUAUGUGUGUGUGUAUGUGUGUAUGUGUGUGUGUGUGUGUGUGUGUGUGUUUGCGUAAGAGAGAUUAGUGCGGAUAUAUGAUCGCUCCUCUUAUUUGCUCUCAUUAAUUACUAGUAUCGUUGGCCCUUGUUCUGAUGAAUUACUACGGUUAAUACGGUUAUUACUAGUCAGGAUUACAACUCAUGAUUACGAUUCGUACGAUGGAUUCUAGAUGAGAUAACAAGUGCCUAAGUAUCUAUAACUUCUUUCGGACCAGAGAAGACUUUUAUCAACUUAGACAAAGUACGACUAUUAUUGCGAGUUAUUGCGAGGAAGAGCUGCGAGUCGAGUGUGUACACUGCUGAUGUUGUGACGAUAUAGAUAUUAUUAUUCGUAUGUAAUUGUGUACA